AACGUAUGACAAAAGUGUUUUUAUAAAUAUGGAUAGGUUUAGACAAAAAACUAAAAAAGAUAAACCCAUAAAACAUGUAGAAAAGGAAAAAUCUCCUAUGUUCACAGACGUAAAGACUAUAAAAGAAAAUUUAAAAAUAAAGGAGAUAUUAAGAUCUGUAAAAAUGAACAGUAGUAUGCGAAUCAAAGCUCCACGAGGCAGUGUUGUAAUGGACAAAAAUGAGUUUACUGAUGUCCAAGAAGAUGUUUCCGAUGAUCACAGUGAUCUCCAAGACACAAAACCUGAUGACUUGCAAGAAGCCAAGAACUUCGAUUUAGUGAAUAAUUUAAUACAAGAGAGUGAAACCCCGAACACACACUUGCAAAAUGAAAUUUCUAUAAAUACAGAACCCCAACCGGGGCCCCAUCAGGACCUCUUGCAACCAGCACACGAUACAGAGUAUAACAACCCUCCGACUCAGGAGACUGACAUGUCUGCUUCACAAGUCGAAAGUGUGCUCAUAGAGCCGGAGGUUCACCAAGAAAACUUAAAAGGCGAAGAAUCCCUCUGUAAAGCUGAUUCACUACAAACAAAAACAAACAUCGUAAAAAACCGGGAGCGGAAAUUAUCUUUAGACAACACUAUGUUAACCCGGCGAGAGAGUUUGUCUCAAUCGGAAAUGGAUCUGCAUUCUAUAGGAAAAUCUCCACUGGAGAGAAAAUCAUCAUUUUUUAGAAAAAAAAUGGACAGUUUCUUAAAGAACACAACAGAGAUUUUUAAGAGACAGUCGUUAGGGAGCAAGUCUCACACUAUGUCCCGUAGAGGCUCCAUGUCAGUAUCUCUUCAAUCUUUAAAUGAAAACAUGGAUACGGUUGGAGACCAAUACAACAGAGCUGCACUUAGUCAACAGGAGGUGCGCGGGAGCGCGGCAAGCGUGGCGUCGAGCUCGACGCUUGGUGCGAGCGAGCUUGACAGCGCGGGCAGCCAGCCUGUCCUCUCGGCCAGCCAGCCCAGCGUCGUGCACAUCCAGGGCAGUCCCACCAGCACAGAUAGAGCAUAUAACCAGGACUCACUCCUCAAUUCCCGAGCAAUAUCCAUGAGCUCGGGGCUGGACACCGCGUUCGGACAGCGGCGCCGGAAGACGUCUCGAUCCAACAGAGUAACAUGGGUGGCUAGUGAAGGCUUGACCAACUACCUGCGCCGUUUGACUCAAGAUGAGACGAGCAUGGAGAUGUACGCAGCCCAUUCGUACCAGGACUUCUCGAGCAUCCCCGAGAACUCGCUGCACGAGCCGAAGACCGACUCGAAAGGCCGGCGGCUCUCCUACCAGCGCGCCGUCUCCGGCGAGGAUCCCGCGCCCAGACACGACUCCAGCUUGAAGAGGAAACCUUUAAUUCCAGAACAUUCAGAGGCUAACUUCGAGCUGUCAAACCAAUUGGCAGAGUUCACGAGGAAUGGUGUACCUCCGUUGGAGGGGUUCGAAUUCACUGAAAACGACCAGCCUUACUACCGCUACCUCCUGUGGGCAGAGGAGCGACCCAACAUUGACGGAGUUUACGACUGGACUCAACUGAGUCCCAAUGAAGAAGCAAGGCAGGCAGUGAUACGUGAGCUGAUCAGCACUGAAGCUGACUAUCUCCGGCACCUCAUUUCCUUAGUACAGGUGUUUAUGGCAGCGGCGCACGCGCUGCAGGACACCGGCAGGAUGCUGGCGGUGGACACGGCGCGCCUGUUCUCCAACAUUCCCGAUGUGCUCAACGCAAGCCUCGCCUUCUGGGAAGCCACUUUCUAUCCUAUGCUCCAAGAUGCCCAUGAAAAUGGCACUCCUUAUAAUACAGAAUUUAUGUCGAACGGCUUUGGUCAUUUUCGUGAAAUAAUGCAACCGUACGAGAGAUACGUGAAUGACCAGACCAAAGUGUUGGACUAUUAUCGCACGCUCGCGACCAAUUCAGACUUCAUGGCGUACUUGGGAUGGUGUCAUGGGCACAGGACGUGCAACAGGCUUCAAUUAGCUGAUUUGAUGGUAAAGCCCAUGCAGCGUCUCACUAAGUACGGCAUACUCCUGCGGCGCAUCAUCUCGCACACCGACGCCGAGCCAGAAAGGACCUCGCUUAAAAUUAUGGAAACAAAUGCAAAAAAUUAUGUACUUGACAUAAACCGCACGAUAAGGCAACGCGAAGAGUUGGAAAGACUGGAGCAGCUCGCGAGUUCUAUUGACGUUUUUGAUGUGGACUUUAGGGACGACGACAUGGACCGAUAUUUUCGAAUGUACUCUCACAUAAACCUGCGGGCACCGAUGGUGAACUGUUUGCCGAGCCACAGCAGAACCAUAAUCUAUCAAGGUGACCUCCGCUACAGAGACAACGUCAAGGAGAUCGACGUACGCGUGAUUCUAUUAACUGACAUGAUGCUUAUAUGUAAAAAAAUGUCUAAGGGCAGCGUGUACCCUUUCAAAUUAAUAAGGCCAAAAUAUAUGGUGGACAGAAUGAUCCACUUUCCACGAUACAGCACAAGGAACCCUAGGGACCUGGCGUCCUUAAUAUUCGUCAUGGUCGACGAAGUUGGAUCUUCGUACCAUAGUUUUUCUCUGUCUGAGCCAGCUAAGGACCCCAACCCCCAAGGCACGUUGAAAAUAUGGGAACAAAAACUACGAGAGGCUAGGCUCACAUACGACCUCGGCGUGUGGUUUGCCAGAAAUCCAUCUCGGGAUCUCUCUGAAGUAGACGUGGAUUCCUCUUCCGACUAUGGUGCCGCUGGAACUAGCUCCGCGAAAGCGAGUAAGCAAAACUCGGACGAUGUGAACAUCGAGCGAGAGGCGCGCGAGCGGGUGGCCGCUAUGCUGCACCGCAGCAUGGGCGCUUCCACUGAAUACGACUUCUCACAGGCUUCCAUGAACACCGACUCCUUUGAUGGCGAGGCAUCGGGCGCCGCGGGCGCGAGCGGGCGCGCGCCCACGCUGCACAGCCUACGCCACCCCAUGCAGCGGAACUCGACCAGCGGCAGCUCGCGCCAAAGUCGUCUCUCAAGCUUCCAGUACUCCACCAGCGCGGCCUCCCACGACGAGCCUCAGCCCGGGCCCAGUCGGUGCAACUACUACCGCGCCGGCAGCUCCGUGGAGCACGUCAUUCCUCCUCAAAACCCCGACGAUGCUGUCACAUCAAUAACUGUGAACGUGGUUAGCGAGAGUGAAUCGGAAACAGUGGUACCGUCGCAUCAGCAGCCGGGCCCGUCCGUUCGGCUGCCGCUGCGCAGCCCGAGCGCCGCCGCCGCGCACAACACGCUGCGCGUGCAGCCGCAGAGCGGCGUGCUGGCGCUAGUGCACAGCCUGCCCGACCUUACUAUCGACCCGUCCUCGCCGCCCGCACGCCCUGCGCUACCACCAACUCCUAAAACGGCGUCAGAAAAACUAUACCAAUCUCAUCAGGAGCUGCUACAACGAAACCGGCUGUGUGCCACGCACCAUCACCAAUACCUGAGCCCCGAUCACAGGGGCACCAGUUAUCCGCCUCCCAGCCCGACUAGAGCCGCAUUGAGACGCGGCAUGGCUUUCUCCGACUCGUUCAAGUACCCGCCGCUGUCGAAGAUGGGCCACGUGAACAGCCAGUCACAGCAGCAGCAUCCCGAGCCGCAGCCGGGUCCCUCCACCGCCGCCGCUGUACGGAGCGAGCACGGCGCCGUUAAUCCAGUAAUAGUUCCAAGUACCAGCACGGAGAAGGAAAAAAAGUCAAAACACCUGAUUAGCAGCAGGAACAAAGGAGGCAGCAAAAGCGAGAGCGUGAGCGGCCGCCGCAAGGACAAGCAGGCGGAAUGACGCCGCGCCAAGUCGAAAGACUGAAGAGGGAAGAAGAAACGCAUGUCGCGUUGUCAAUGGCUUUACAAAUGGUGCUGUCUUUGUUAAUGUGAUAGCCCGAAGGGCAGAGUGAGAACUUAAAUUUAGAUAGUUUUACAUUUGUAACAGCCAACGAAAACACUUGUAUAUUUUUGUGACCGUGGUGAAACUCAA